CCUUGGAGGGGCGGACUCAGGAUAAAGAGUCUGAAGCGGCCCUUGGGCGAGUCAGAAGCAUAUCCGGUGUUUAAAGAGCUUUGUGGGCUCCAGAGAGGCGGGUGAGAAGUGCGGAGGCCGUGUCCCACAGACUCUGGCAUCAUGAACAUUUUUGAUCGGAAGAUCAACUUUGACGUGCUCUUAAAAUUUUCCCAUAUAACCCCCUCGACACAGCAGCACCUGAAGAAGGUCUAUGCCAGCUUUGCCCUGUGUAUGUUUGUGGCAGCCGCAGGGGCCUUUGUCCAUGUGGUCACUCAUUUCAUUCAGGCUGGCCUGCUGUCUGCCCUGGGCUCCCUGGGAUUGAUGAUCUGGCUGAUGGCCACACCUCACAGCCGCGAGACCGAGCAGAAGAGACUGGGGCUUCUUGUUGGAUUUGCUUUCCUUACAGGAGUUGGCCUGGGCCCUGCUCUGGAGUUGUGCAUUGACGUCAACCCCAGCAUCCUCCCCACGGCCUUCAUUGGCACAGCGAUGAUCUUCACCUGCUUCACCCUCAGUGCGCUCUAUGCCAGGCGCCGUAGUUACCUCUUUUUGGGAGGUACCUUGAUGUCAGCCAUGAGCCUGAUGCUUUUGUCUUCCCUGGGGAAUCUGUUCUUUGGAUCCAUUUGGCUUCUCCAGGCAAACCUGUACUUGGGGCUGCUGGUCAUGUGUGGCUUUGUCCUUUUUGAUACUCAACUCAUUAUUGAAAAGGCUGAAAAUGGAGAUAAGGACUAUAUCUGGCACUGCAUUGACCUCUUCUUGGACUUUGUCACUCUCUUCAGAAAACUCAUGAUGAUCCUGGCUUUGAAUGAGAAGGACCAGAAGAAAGAGAAGAAGUGAAACGACCAUCCAGCUUUUUUCCCAGUUUGGCUUCCUCUCCCUCCACCCCUUGUUUCCUCUGCACACAUCACAUGUGGCGUGAUCUCUGAUAAUGAAAAGCAUCAGAAAAGCUUUUGUACCUUGUGGUUUUCUCUAUUUUGAAUUUUUUGAUCAAAAAACUGAUUAGCAGAACAUAGUUUGGAGUUUGGCUUCAUAUUCCUGGAGUUCUUCCCCAAUUCCUUUUCUGUCGCCCCCAGCCCUAGCUUCUUCCUCCACUGAGGCAGCCAAGUCCAUCGUGAUGAGGAGUGAAACCGCGGAGGGAGACGACUCCAGGAGGCUGCUUCCUGACUGAGCCGUACCAGGUGGAUCUGAACUGCUGGGUGGAGGCCCCUCGGCCCUUCCUCAGCACUGUUUGGUGGGUGCACAGUUCCUGUAGCACGGGCGGCAGUGUUUUCCUUGGGAAAGAAGUUUGCUGGUCCUGUUGUUACUCAGGCUCAGCAUGUUUGAGCCGUCAAGCCCUACAAAGAAAGUGAAGAGCCUCCUCUGGUGGAUUCUUUGCUUCUGAGCUGCCCAAGUGGCUGCUAGUCUGGCAAACACUUUCUGCCUUGCCAUCACCAAAGGAAUGUGGAUUUGUAUGUGUUCUCUCCCCUAUCUUGUGUCUGACCCUCAGGGAAUCUGCCUGCCUUCCAUUCCUGGGGUGGGAGUGUUUCAGCCCAAAGGGAAGACUAAUUCUUGCCGCACUUAAAAAAAAAAGGCUGAUGUUGUAUGGCAAGGUAGAGCCUAGAAUUCCCAGAUUUCCCCUGGUCUUUAUUUUUUUUUACUGGUUAUCACCUUAGUUACUGAGCGGCCCCCACGAGGUGGCUCUGAUUAAAGGUCUCAGGAGAGGAAGAUCAGGGGAAGAGAAUGGCUGAGCCUCUGGGGGGUAAUUGUAACUAAUCCUGCCAGACAAACUUGUUGGGACAAAAUCUCUACUGCGUGGUUCUUUGUUCGGAUCAACGGAACAGGCCGUGAUGGCUGGGGAGGCAGCAUUCACCCCCAUCCUUUGAUGCAUUUUUGUUCCCUCCCCUCUGGUAAUGUCCCUCCUGAUAAUAGUUACUGUCAAGCCAGAAACUUGGGGUAGGAAAUAAAUAUUUUACACAUGCAUUUUAGUUUUGGCUCUACACCUGUUCUCUGUAGUUCUGCAGCCUUCCUGGCAGGGCCCAGGUGACCAAGCCUGCAAGAUACCGAGUUCCCUGCAGCUUUGUGGUUGUAAAUGGAGGGAGGGCAGUGCCAGUGGAGACCACCAGCUCCUCUGUGGCCUGCACAGUCAGCUGGCACAGAUGGGUGGUGCUUGGGAGCACUUGUGGCUCUGGCUACUCACAGGGCUGGAGUGAAAGGGGAGCUGAGCCCUGGAAAGCUUACUGCCCAUAGGACACCAUUUUUUAGCUCUGAUCACACGCAGCACACGAUUUGGCCCGGUGACUGCUCAUUUGUAGCACACCGCCCCGUGAAAAGAUUUGUUCCCAGGUUGUGUUUCCCGAGUGACGUGCCACCCUGGAUGACUCGCUUCCACACAGGAUGCUGCCCUCUGAGCUGCUGCCUCCAGUGUCUGGCUUGAAAACUUACUAGGACUUCCUUCCCAUUAAUGUCCGUCCCCCCCCCCCCCCUUACAACUCCAUACGUUCGCUGAUACUUUGCUAGGCCUGCGAAUCCAAGUUAUAUCUCUUGAAGCCAAACUCCACCUCUUGUGCUUUUUUUUGCUUGGGUUAAAGGAGUUUUUCUUUAGAAACAGUGCCAAGAAUGAUGAUACAUAAAAAACUACUUUUAAAGAAAAUGUCUAACAAGUUUUUAAAACAGUAACCACUUAAUUAUCACUUUCUUUUCUAGUUCCUUGCUUUUCAGCUCAGGCUGCAUUCUCUAACAUACUGUGAAGAAAAAGGUGUUUUUGAUCAGAAAUAUAUGAAAUCUACAUAGUCUUAAUUUGUAAAAAAAAAAAUAAUAAAUAAAUAAAGAAAAUUCCUUAACCUUU